CCUGGAACAGGCCGAGUGAUAAAAGGAGGAACUGAAACUCAAAGCUGCGUGCGCGCCUUGUGGCACGGCAGAGCGCAGAGGAGGAGCUGAACACUGUCAGCUUGUUGAGGAUGUGAGGACUGCCAGUGUCAAAGCAUCUUCUGCUGUUAAACGUGUUCCCUCUGCGGGUUUCUGUUUUGUUUUUUUGCUCUGUGAAGGAUAUGUAGGUUUGACUCUGUGCGUAAAAAAAAAACGGGUCCGUUUGGACACGAUGGGGUUUUUUCCCUGGAGGAGCUGAAACAAACUGCCUCGUGGGAAGAGUUGACUCGGAGCUGGCUGGAUCGUUUGCUUUGAACGGCAGGUAUGAACAGCACAGCAGCGGCGGGGUUUCGUCCGCCCACCGUCCCGGUGAUCAUGUUCAUCCUCGGGGUGGUGGGGAACGUCGUCGCCAUCGUGGUUCUGCGGCUGUCGCGCAAGGAGCGGAAAGAAACCACCUUCUACACGCUCGUGUGCGGCCUGGCGGUGACGGACCUCCUGGGGACCCUGCUGGUCAGCCCCGUCACCGUCGCCACCUACGUGAAAGGCUCGUGGCCCGGAGGGGACGCCCUGUGCCAGUACUCGGGCUUCAUCCUGCUCUUCUUCUUCGUGGUGCAGCUCAGCAUCGUCUUCACCAUGUCCGUGGACAGGUACCUGGCCAUCAAUCACGCCUUCUUCUACAACAAGAACAUCAACCAGAGGCUGGCUGCGCUCACGCUCCUGGCCAUUUACGCGUCCAACAUGGUGUUCUGCGCGCUGCCCGUCGCGGGGCUCGGACGCGUCACGCGCCAGGAGUCCGGGACGUGGUGCUUCAUCGACUGGCAGAACAACCACACCACGGUGAAAACCUUCAACCUGACUUACGCCGGGGUGAACUCGGCGAUCGUGCUGGCCACGAUCAUCUGCAACGUGAUGGUGUUCGGAGCUCUGGUUCUGAUGCACCGGCGCUUCAUCCGCCGCACCUCCCUGGGCACCGACCCGCGGCGCGUCGCCGAGCUGCGGCGCAGGCGGAGCUUCAGGCGGCUGGCCGGAGCUGAGAUCCAGAUGGUCAUCGUGCUGAUCGCCACCUCGGCCGUGGUUCUUGUCUGCUCCAUACCCUUACUGUUGAGGAUCUUUGAGAAUCAGCUGUUUAUAAACCAGAACAAAGAGUCUUCGGGGUUAAUAAAGGACCUCACGGCCAUCCGCAUCGCCUCCUUCAACCCCAUCCUGGACCCUUGGAUCUACAUCCUCCUCAGGAAGGCAGUGGUCCUCAAGCUGAUGGAGAAGAUCAAGUGUCUGUUCUGCAAGAUGGGCGGGCGCGGGCGGGGAGGAGGCGGGCACUUCCGCUGCGCCGACGGCCCCCCGUCCGCCUCCUUCGUCUCGAGGGACUCCCCGUCGCUGGUGUCCCAUGAGCCGCGGGAGUGGGUCAGCACCUUGCAGACCGCCCUGUACGCGUCCGACGGGAACACGCUGGAGCCGGGGGCGUUCCAGGCCGGUUCGGGGCUCGGCUCCAGUCCGGCACAGACGUUACGGGGCUCCCGGGAGGUGACAUUGCCUCUGAGGGAGUUCUCGCAGAGGGACAUGGAGGACUGUGUGUUACACGGGAUGCUGAGUGAGCAUCCAACGGGCUACAAAGACCGGGCGCUGCACGUGACUUUCACAGACGAGAGCGCCAGCAUGCAGGAGAAAUGCAUCUAACCAUGACAGUGACCUCAGCAUCCCCGCCAUAUUAAACUGUCUCACCUGUCAGAUACUGUGUAUGAAAUCUAACAGGUGUUUCUGAUUGUAAUACCCAGUAUCACUGUACCACACCGCAUUUGACACACCAACAAGUUCUCUUCAGUACAAUCAAAACUAUAAUAUCAUGGAGGAGAACAUCACAGAGGAGCCCUUUUGUUGCACUUUUAAGAUUUUUUUUAACCACUGCGAGGUUUUCAGGAAUGAUUGUAAAGAAUCAAUGUGAACAUGUGAACGUCAUAUUAAUUUAUUUUACUUUUAUUGUCUUCUCUGUGAGAAGGUUCUGUGUAGUUCUGUGUCAUUUUACGUCACUAUAAGAUGCUCUUACAGUGUUUUUUUAUUGUUAUUAUUUGUGUGGAUAAGCUUUUGCAAACAUUCUGGUCGUAUUUGUUCAAAGAGCAACCCCAACACCGAAUCUGAAGUUAAAACCAGUCUGUGCAUUUCAUAACAAAAGGCAGCUAUACUGUGGCUUUUUCACAACAGAAACUAGAACAUAUAGGAGGCUUUUAUAAUGUCUUUUUUCCCCCAGUACAAAUGUUUAUUUGCUCAUUUCUGCAAGUGUCUUUCAACUAACCAGAAUGCAUCAGCAUGUUAAUACAGGAAAUGAAACUAGAAAACAUUAGAUAUUUUGAUGACAAAGGUGUUUUUUUCUUUUUUUCACUGUUUCCUGUUUUGCUUUUUUUUUUUUUUUUGCUAUAAAUUGACUGAACAGAGGUUUAUAUUUACCCAUUUUUGUGAACAAAUUAAUGUAAUGAACUCAAAGUAAAAAAUAAAAAGUUGAUAAGUAUUUAUCUGAAA